GGAGGACCUUCGAGGCUGUACAUGUGAAAAGAAGAGGAAAAAGAGGAGGAAGAAGAGGAAGGCUGUCACGGUCAAGAGGAGGACCUUCGAGGCUGUACAUGUGAAAAGAAGAGGAAAAAGAGGAGGAAGAAGAGGAAGACUGUCACGGUCACGGCUUUACACUGACAGGAGGAGAAACUCAUCAUAGCUUUCACUGCAAGACUCCCAAAGGCUACACUCCUACGAUGGGGCUCUUCCUGUGGCGGCCUGUCACCCUGGCGCCAGCCAAGUGGUUCUCACGGUUUCCUUGCCGGCAGGUGGGCGGCACUAGCAUGGACAAGGUGGAGAGUGCCAAGAGGGCGGCGGCCCACAGGGCGGUAGAUGACCAUGUCAAGGAUGCCUUCAGGGUGGGCAUCGGCAGCGGCUCCACGGUGGUCUAUGCUGUGGAGAGGCUCGCUGAACGUGUGCGCGAGGAAGGCCUUAAGGUUGUGUGCAUCCCGACCUCCUUCCAGUCCCGCCAGCUCAUCGUCAGCAACAGACUGGACAUGACGGACCUUGAGACCACUCCAGAGCUGGAUGUGACUAUCGACGGGGCGGACGAGGCUGACAAAGACCUCACACUGAUCAAGGGAGGCGGAGGAUGUCAGCUGCAGGAGAAGAUCGUCGCCGCUGCAGCCAAGAGCUUUGUAGUGAUCGCUGACUCUAGGAAAGACUCUACAGUUCUUGGGGAGAAGUGGGUGAAGGGCGUCCCAAUUGAGGUUGUUCCCAUGGCUUACAACCCUGUCAAGCUGAAGAUCGAGAGUGAGCUUGGCGGCCAGGCGAUUCUGAGACAAGCCAAGGCCAAAGCUGGACCAGUGGUGACGGACAAUGGGAACUUCAUCCUGGACUGGGUAUUCGACAAGCCACAUGACUGGAACGGAGUGAACCAACAGAUCAUGAUGAUUCCUGGCGUGGUCGAGACUGGGCUGUUUGUGGGCAUGGCAUCGGUGGCCUACUUUGGGAUGCAGGACGGCACAGUGAAGGAGCGCCAUGUGAAGGUCUUGUGAGGAGCUGCCACGCCCUCCGCCGCCGCUGCUGGUUAUCUCACUCGAGCAAACAUUCAUAACUUGUUGCUCUCAUUGUUAGUAUAAGGAAUUUGUGUUCGUGUUACAAUUGAAUGUGAAAUGACGGUUUGAAGAGUAAGUUCUGACAUAAUACAACAGUAAGAAAGUGUAAUUGUGAUCUUUAGUUCAAGCUUAAGUAAGAUAUGAAGUGAUAUUUGUAUAAAUUAGUUUGAAGGAUUGAAUUUGAGUUCAUGUUAGAAUUGAAUGUGAUACGACUUUUUGAAGAGUAAGUUCUGACAUAAUAUAGUAAAAGUCAUUGUGAUCUUAGGUUCAAGUUUAAGAUAUGAAGUGAUAUUCCUAUAAAUUAGUUUGAAUGACUAAAUUUGUGUUCAUGUUAGAAUUAAAUGUGAAAUGAUGGUUCCAAGAGUAAGUUCUGACAUAAUGCAGUAAGGAAGUAAUUGUGUAAUGUAUUUAUGCCAGAGAUGGUGAAAACAUUCUUUGUAAUUUCUUUAUCAAGUGAUAUUUACUUAAGGUAUAAAUAUUUAAUUGGCUUAGUUUUUCCCUCUCAUGAAAUGGCUACAUGUAUACAUUCCUUAUCAUUCUUAAAAUAAACUUGUGGCUGCAUU